UGCAGAGAGGAGCAGUUCCCUCCCUCUAUAAAUAACCAAAAGCUCAAACACCGUUCUUCGUGUCAAGCUCUCCUCUCUCUGUCUCUCUCUCUGUUAUAUUAACAAAGGAAGGAAGGAACAAGUCUCAUCACCUUUCCUGUUCUAUCUCCGUAGGGUAAGGCGGUUCCUUUUAUUUCUCCUCUUUCUUCAUUUCCCAUGCAAUUAUAAUCCAACAACAAUAAGCACCUGACAGCCCCCUAUUGCUUUCCUUUCCCCCCUCUUCCUCUUGCGUUUCUUUCUUUCUCUUUAAACGUAAGUUUCAAUUGAAACAAAGCAAAAAUGGCAUCACACAUUGUUGGAUAUCCUCGUAUGGGCCCCAAGAGAGAGCUCAAGUUUGCACUGGAAUCUUUCUGGGAUGGGAAGAGCAGUGCUGAGGAUUUGCAAAAGGUUGCAGCUGAUCUCAGGGAAUCCAUCUGGAAGCAGAUGGCUGAUACUGGGAUCAAAUACAUCCCGAGCAACACCUUCUCUUACUAUGACCAGAUGCUCGACACCACCGCAAUGCUCGGUGCAGUUCCACCAAGAUAUGGCUGGAAUGGUGGUGAGAUUGGAUUCGAUGUUUAUUUCUCCAUGGCUAGAGGAAAUGCCUCUGUUCCCGCCAUGGAAAUGACCAAGUGGUUUGACACCAACUACCAUUUCAUUGUCCCCGAAUUGGGUCCUGAUGUCAAGUUCUCAUAUGCUUCUCACAAAGCAGUGACUGAAUACAAGGAGGCUAAGGCACUUGGAGUAGACACUGUACCAGUCCUUAUUGGCCCAGUCUCCUACUUGUUGCUAUCCAAACCUGCAAAGGGUGUGGAGAAAAGCUUUUCUCUCCUCUCCCUUCUCGGAAAAAUCCUUCCAAUCUACAUGGAGGUUAUUUCAGAGCUUAAAGAAGCUGGUGCAUCCUGGAUUCAAUUUGACGAGCCUACACUCGUGAUGGAUCUUGAAUCUCACAAAUUGCAAGCAUUUACUGGGGCCUACUCUGCACUAGAGUCAACUCUAUCUGGCUUGAAUGUUCUUAUCGAAACCUACUUUGCUGAUAUUCCUGCCGAGCAAUACAAGACCCUCACCUCUUUGAAGGGUGUUACUGCAUUUGGUUUUGAUCUGGUUCGUGGAAACAAGACCCUUGACUUGAUCAAGGGUGAUUUCCCUGAGGGAAAAUAUCUCUUUGCUGGAGUGGUAGAUGGAAGGAACAUCUGGGCUAAUGAUCUUGCUGCUUCUUUCAGCACCCUCGAAACUCUUGAGGGCAUUGUUGGAAAAGACAAGCUUGUAGUCUCCACUUCCUGCUCACUUCUCCACACUGCUGUUGAUCUUGUCAAUGAGACCAAGCUUGACAAGGAAAUAAAAUCAUGGCUUGCAUUUGCUGCUCAAAAAGUUGUUGAAGUAAAUGCAUUGGCCAAGGCUUUGGCCGGUCAAAAGGACGAGGAAAUCUUCUCUGCUAAUGCUGCUGCCCUGGCCUCAAGAAAGUCCUCCCCACGAGUCAACAAUGAGGCUGUUCAAAAGGCUGCUGCUGCUUUGAAGGGUUCUGAUCACCGCCGUGCUACAAAUGUUAGUGCCAGACUUGAUGCUCAGCAAAAGAAGCUUAACCUUCCCAUCCUACCAACCACCACAAUUGGGUCCUUCCCACAAACCAUGGAACUAAGGAAAGUCCGCCGUGAAUACAAAGCCAAAAAGGUAUCUGAAGAUGACUAUGUUAAAGCCAUCAAGGAGGAAAUUAGAAAAGUUGUCAAACUUCAAGAGGAGUUUGAUAUUGAUGUUUUGGUUCAUGGAGAGCCUGAGAGAAACGAUAUGGUUGAAUACUUCGGAGAGCAAUUGUCAGGUUUUGCAUUCUCUGCCAAUGGUUGGGUGCAGUCUUAUGGCUCUCGCUGUGUGAAGCCACCAAUUAUAUAUGGUGAUGUGAGCCGCCCCAAGUCAAUGACUGUCUUCUGGUCUACCUUGGCUCAGAGCAUGACUGCCCGCCCAAUGAAGGGAAUGCUUACAGGCCCUGUCACCAUUCUCAACUGGUCCUUCGUUCGAAAUGAUCAACCCAGAUAUGAGACUUGCUACCAGAUUGCUUUGGCCAUUAAGGAUGAAGUGGAGGAUCUUGAGAAGAAUGGUAUCACUGUUAUCCAAAUUGACGAGGCUGCUUUGAGAGAGGGCUUGCCUCUUAGGAAGUCUGAGCAAGCUUUCUACUUGGACUGGGCAGUCCACUCCUUCAGGAUCACCAACUGUGGCGUACAGGACACCACUCAGAUCCACACUCACAUGUGCUACUCCAACUUCAAUGACAUUAUCCAAUCAAUUAUCGACAUGGAUGCUGAUGUGAUCACCAUAGAGAACUCUCGCUCCGAUGAAAAGCUUCUCUCAGUCUUCCGUGAGGGAGUGAAAUAUGGUGCUGGAAUUGGCCCUGGUGUCUAUGAUAUCCACUCUCCUAGAAUACCAUCAACCGAGGAGAUUGCUGACAGAAUUAACAAGAUGCUUGCAGUGCUUGAGACAAACAUCUUAUGGGUUAACCCUGAUUGUGGACUCAAGACUCGCAAGUACACCGAGGUGAAGCCAGCUCUCAAGAACAUGGUUGAUGCUGCCAAGCUGCUCCGCACCCAGCUUGCCAGUGCCAAGUGAGCCAACCAGGAUAUGUUGAGAGUUCAAUCUUCCAUGGUCUAAUGAAUUUUAUUCAAAAUUCAAAACAUAGAAGGUUGAGAGUUUAAUCUUCCCUUGUCCAUUGAAUUUUAUUCAAACAAAAAAGGAAUUUAUUGUUUGAAUAACUGUGGGUCAUGUUGAAAUUAUUUCAGUAAUAAAGAUUCAAAGCCAGAAGUUAUUCAUCUUUA